UGGUGCUACCAGUUUGGUGUGCCUAUUAUUGCUUCUAGUACGACUACACAAGUACGGCUACACAAAUACCUUAUCUAUGCACCCCAAUCCCUAAGGACUGAGUUGAAUACCCCAGAUCUCAACGUUAUUUUCGGACAUGAUGCUGCUGUAGACCCUUUAGUGUACUUCCUGUUAUG